GAAGCUUUCCUAUUUCAACAUCCCAAAGGAGCUAGAAGACCGAGAGACGCUGUAGUGUGAGUGGAGGGAGGAAAAGGAGGCGGAAUAGCAUCCAGAGGUGGAGGCGGCGUCAGAAGCCACAGAAGAGAUUCCGAUUGGCUCAGCUCCAUUCUCAAAUUGCCGAAAAGGCAUCAAGGUUUGUGGUACCGAGACUUCUGCUCCUGGGAGCUGCUAGGCAGACUGGUUAAGCUGAAACACUUGCUGAGGCUCCAAGAUGACACCAUACAAACUGACUGUGAUUAUCUGUCUCUGCGGAUGUUUGGUGCAGGUCCAUCCUUUUGACUGGACAGACCUAGAUCCAUUUAACCAUAUAAAAUCAACAGAGUGGUAUCAUAAAAUAAAGAACCUAAUGAGUACUACGUUCAACGACAAGCAUCAGAUCCCUAGAGGAAAAGGGAAUUACUCCGUGGGAUGCAUAGACUUGAUGUUCGACUUCAGUGUUAAGGGCAGCUUACUGCGUCUCUAUUAUCCUUCCCGUGAUUCCGAAGAUGAUGUACAUCACAACACUGUAUGGAUCCCCAGUAAAGAAUAUUUUCUAGGUCUUAGUAAAUUUCUUGGACUGCACAAGCUCAUGGGCAAAUUCAUCACCCACUACUUCAGUUCAGUGACAUCUCCUGCAAAUUGGGAUGCCCCUUUGAAGAAUGGAGAAAAAUAUCCACUGAUUAUUUUUUCCCAUGGACUCGGAGCAUUCAGGACAGUUUAUUCUGCUCUUGGAAUUGAUCUGGCAUCUCAUGGGUUUAUAGUUGCUGCUGUAGAACACAGAGAUGAAUCAGCAUCAGCAACUUUUUACUUUGAAGAUGAACUUGCUCUACAAAGAAAUAAUAAGACCUGGCUUCCCUAUAAGCAACUCAGUUCAGAGAUGACGGAAUAUGCCCAACGUCACCAACAGGUACUUCAAAGAGCAGAAGAAUGCUCUAAAGCUCUUAAUUUGAUCCUUGAUAUUAAUGAGGGGAAAGCAGUGGAGAAUGCUUUGAAUUCCUCCUUUAACUUGCAGCAACUAGAGGAUAUGAUUGAUGAAAAUAAAAUAGCAAUAAUGGGACAUUCCUUUGGUGGAGCCACAGCUAUUCAGUCUCUUAGUGAAGACAACAGAUUCCGAUGUGCUAUUGCCCUGGAUGCAUGGAUGAACCCUUUAAGUGAUGAAUUAUACAGUAAAGUUGUCCAGCCAAUCUUCUUUAUCAACUCUGAAAGAUUCCAGACUGCAGAAAAUGUCAUGAAAAUGAGACAAUUCUACUUAGGUGAUAAAGAAACAAAAAUGAUCACAAUCAAGGGCUCAGUCCAUCAGAAUUUUCCUGACUUUACUUUUGUGACUGGUAAAAUACUUGGAUACAUAUUCUCAUUAAAAGGAAAUAUCGAUUCAGAUGUAGCCAUUGGUCUAACAAGCAAAGCUUCAUUAGCUUUCUUGCAAAAGCAUUUAGAUCUUCAGAGAAACUUUGAUCAAUGGGACCCUUUAAUUGAAGGUGAAGAUGUAAACCUCAUGCGAGAUAGCAAUGCUGGCUCAGUUACGUAUCUUUCUGAGUACCUGGAAUAAAGAAAUGUGCAGUGUUGACCAACCUAUUUUUUAAAAAAACUAAAUUGUUUCACCGAGACCAUAGUUUCUUUUUUAACUAUUACCCACAUACUUUUUUUUUAAAAAUAUAGACUAUGCUAUAAAAUAUAGACUAUGCUAUAAUCAUUAAGAUUCAUCUUGAUUAAAGUGGCUGAAGUUUAUUAUGCUUAAAUUCAAAGGAGUUCAGUGUACAAAAUUCAUAGCAGCCUGUAGUUUUAUUACUCUCAUCUUUUGCGGUGUUGAUAUUUAUGAAACAUUAUCAUUUAUUUCUACAUUGUCAGCAUUUUCUUUUCUGAUGAAGGGGGCUAGUUCAAGUGGCAAUUGGGCCCUUCUCAUAGUUCGGCAAAGUGGAAGCAAAGACCCAUCUGAAAAAAUAAUUGGGCUAAUAACAUCUUGUUAUCAGGAGAGAAAAGUAAUAAGGCAUGAGAAUGGAGUUGGUAUUAAAAAUUAGGAGAGAAAAGUAAUAAGGCAUGAGAAUGGAGUUGGUAUUAAAAAUUAUUUUUAUAUCUGUUUCCUUUGAUCCAAGAAAGAAAGGAUUAAGGAAAAAAUGCCAUCCUUAGUAUACUGAUGUCUUUUCAGAUACCCCAAAGUAAUGACCAUUUAAUUUAACAGUACAGAGGAAAAAGAAAGCUAGAUGGGGAAAGGAAGCAACCAAAUAUUGCUAACUACUCCUUUGUAUCAAGGAAAAGAACAAAACUCAUUCCAUUUUCUUAGCAGAGUUCCAUAAUGGAAAAAGCCUUAUCAGGAUAAUUACAAUAUAUACUCAAGAAUUAUAUAUAAGCACAUUUUUCCUAGUUUUCAAUCUUUAGACUAUAUAUAAAAUUAUGUGAUGUGGUAAAAACACAAAUACACCAUAUACAGGAACCAAGAUCUUUGGCAGAAAACUCUUUUCUGAAAUCUUAAAUCACUUUUAUAUCAGUAUUAAUGAUAUUCUGAUUUCAGAUAGGAAGGGCCUAAGAAAAUUGAGGGUGAUAAGGACUAUGGGAAUAUAGAAAAAUACAUAUAUAUAGGAUCAUCAAUAUAGAAAGAAACAUGGACAUUCUAUAGUCCAACCUGCUUCUUUUAAAAUAAAAACCAGAAAACAUACCUAUUGAUUGGGAAUAGCUUAAACAAGUAAUAGUAUAACAUGAAUAAAAUGAAAUAUGAUACUACUACACAAAACAAUGAAUGAUGAAUAAAGAAAAUCAUGAAAAGAUGGAAAACAUAACACAAUAAUGCUCUGAUUACAAUGGAAAAUAACUGAGAUAACUGAGACAGAAUCUCAUGAAAUUUUUAAUAUUCAAGAUUGGACCCCCAAAAGACAUGAAAAGUUAUGUCUUCCCCUCUACCAAUUUUUAAGAAGUGGGAAGCUGAAGGUUUGGAACAUCACAAAAGUCACAAACAAAAGUAUAUGUUGACCUGCUUUUUCUUUUAUGAUGAGAGAUGGUUCCCUGGGAGAGACAGGGAUAUAUAGGGAAAGGUAAAUGAUGAAAACCCUCUUCUUUUUUUCUUCUCAAAAUGAGAUACAGGAGGCAUACAUUUGUCCAAGUAUUAUAUAAUCCAGCUGGCUUUUCUGUCAACUUAUUGUUCUUUGACCACCAAGAGUCAUGAAGCUCAUCAACGUGGACUUUACAUGUUCCAUUUGUUUUCAUAUACUCUGAUUCCAUGUACUUAUUAACACUUAUUCAACUGUUGAAUAAAGCUCAAUUUUGGUACUUUCAACAUUA